ACAGCGAGAGGUACGUCAUCCGUUACCGGUUGCUUCUCUUCCGUCCCCGUCCUCGCCUCACGCACGCGCUGAGAUCUUAGAGCGAUCGAACUGGAAAAGGGGAGAUGGAGGACUUGGAGGAUGGAGAGGAGAAGCUGAUCGCCGCCGUCCGCCACAUCGCCAAAAGCCUUGGCCGCACCCAGACCAUGGCCGAUGACAUCCUCCAAGUCUUCUCCUCCUUCGACAACCGCUUCUUCGCCCUGGACAAGACCUCCGAUCGGCACCAACGCCGCCGCGACGCCCCGACCGCCGACCCCCGCCAGUCGCCAUCUCCCUCUCCCCUUGCCUCCUUUGACCGAACCCUCCGAGCCCUCGAAGGCCAAGUAGUCCACUUUGUUGACUUCAAUCGCCUCAUCUGGUCCGACUCUGCCGACGCCGCCGCCUUCCUCGAGGCGAUCGACGACCUCCUCGACACCGCUACUGACCUAAACAAUCAGGCCUCCCCCGCCACCAAGCCACUCCUCGACCGGAUGGACCACCUCCUUCGCCGCUGCGUGCUCCGCCUCGACGAGGAGUUCCGUGCUGUCAUCGAGUCCACCCAACCGCCGGUCAAAGAUUACGACGACGACGAUGCCUACCAUGGAGGAGGCGAAGAACACAUACCGGUGGCCAACCCCGUUGACACCUACGAGAUCAUCAUCGACGCCCUGCCACCAGGAUCCGUCGCGAACCUGAAUGACAUCGCCCACCGGAUGGUGGCCGCUGGCUUCGGUCGUGAGUGCGUGGAAACCUACGCUGGCUUCCGCCGCAGCUUCGUUGAGGAGUCCGUUGCCCGCCUCGGCCUCCGCCCGCCUCCCGAGGACGGAUUCCUGGCCGCGGCCUGGGACGAAAUCGAGGAGGAGAUCCCCCGCUGGAUCGAGGCCGCCCGGAUGGUCUUCCUCAUCUUGAUCCCCAGCGAGCGCCGCCUGUGUGAGCGCGUCUUCGCCUCCCUCCCCGCCUACGCUGACCUUGCCUUCUCUGUCGCAUGCGUCCCAGUAGCUUCUGACUUUUUAUCCUUCGGUGCUGCCGUCGCCUCCGUUGACCAUGGACCGGAGCGCCUCUUCGGCCUCCUCGACAUGUACGAGGCCGUCCGCGACCUCCUCCCCGAGAUCGACACGGUCCUCUCCGACCAGUACUCCGCCGCAGUCCUCGACGAGAUGGGAAUCGUGCACAGAGCCCUGAGCGCAUCCAUCAGAAGGAUCUUCAUGGAGCUAGAGAACUUGAUCCGCCGCGACCCGGUCAAAUCCGCCGUCCCCGGCGGCGACGUCCAUCCGAUCACGCGGUACGUGAUGAAUUAUCUCGGGGCGGCGUGCUCGAGGCCGACCCUGGCGGAGGUCAUGGCUGAAGACGGCGCGAGGGUCGCCGUGCCGCUUCCCGUCCGCGUCGCGUGGAUCGCAGAUAUCCUGCUGGACAACCUGGACGCCAAGUCCAAGGUCUACCGCGACCUCUCCCUCACCUACGUCUUCUUGAUGAACAACGGGCGGUACAUACUGCAGAAAGCCAAGGGCAGCGACGUGGGGAUCAUGUUAGGGGAGGACUGGAUCAGGCGGCAGAACUCGAAGUUGCGGCAGUGGGCGAGCGAGUACCAGCGGGCGUCGUGGACCAAGGUGGUAGCGGCGCUGCGGAUGGACGGUUUGGGCGGGGCGGCGUCGAGGUCAGCGUCGGUCGCGACGGAGAAGGCCAUAAGGGACAAGCUGGGGAUGUUCAACAACUACCUAGAAGACAUAUGGAGGACGCAGGGGAGUUGGGUGGCGGUGGACGAGCAGAUGCGGGCGGAGCUGCGGGGGGGCAUUGCGGAGGCCGUCCUGCCGGCGUACCGUAACUUGGUGUCGCGGCUGCGGCAGGCAGGAGACGCCCGGUGGCUCCUGGACCGAUACUCGAAGUAUAGCGUGGAGGACGUGGAGGCGAGGAUCAAUGAGUUGUUCGAGGGUGGGAGGAGGUCCCAGUGAGCAGCAGACAGAUUGUUGGUAAGAACCAACUCAUACUGUGUGUAUAAUCUUAUAAAUGCACUUCUUGUGGUCGGAGAUGGAAUGGAGUUCAUUUUUCUUUCUUGAAUGCAGUAUGUACAUCCAUUCGAAUCUUGAAUGUUUAUAUCGUAGAAAGAAUCAUCUUUU